AAUCUUUAUUUAUUUAUUUUUUGUGAGCUCGCGACCAGCUGCUGCCUUCUGGCUCUAGCCUGAGGUGUUCACUUGCCCUCGUAAAGUGACCUUUACAGAGAGUCGUGUACGCGCAAAAACUCACUUCUAUAAUGACCUCUACAUCAACGUAUCCGAGAUAGCCUCGUAAAUGAGUUGCAUUUCAUACGAAUACAAGUGACGAAGGAUAGCCAUGAACCGUCGAUGUUUUUUGUUAAAAAUAAAAUACAAUAAAAAAAAAACAGCAAACACGCGUAGCAUUUGUGUGGAAUAGAAAAGGUUCGAGCGGCUUUGAACUCAACACAUCGUCCAGGGUUUGCCAGUGAUGCACUUCAAAGUCCCGCAGACGGACGCCUAUUUAACGCUUGUGUUAUUUUCACUUUUUUAAUUUUUAAUUUUUUUAGUGCCGAGAUUGAGCGUUUCUUUACAGUUUACUCAACAUAUAACUCGGCGAAUCAUUUUAGGAUCUACUUUUCAUCACAAUUUGCUUUUAAAAGCCGAGCUUUUUAUCUGCUGCUGGUGUCGUCUGGACGUUUGAAGGCAUGGACGCACACGCCGCCCCGCAGACAGAGCGCUCGUCCCCAGCGAGAAGCUAGCCAGGCCUCGCUAAGAUCGUCUUUACGACCUCCGAGUGCUCCCUGCCCCUCGUGGAUCCUCCAUCAGCUCCAUCUCCUCUCCAGUUUGGAACCAACAUGGGGGAGAGACGGGGGCGCUCCUUCCAGAUGACGUGUCACCUACAACGGGAUUACGGCACCAGGCUGGGAGGCCCCUUCGCCCGAAAAGGCCCCAACGGGUGCGCCGGAACCAGCCUCACCCUCAGCCUGGACCCGGAGACGGACGCUGACAGUUCUCCAUCUGUGGCCGCCGACAGCGAGGCCCCCACAGUCAACAGGGACCGCUACUCUCCUGUUUCACUGGAACUGGACCCCACGGCGGUGAAUAAUGGAUCAGGCCUCCCCCACUGUCCGAUGGCGAAGGACCCGGCCUUGCAGAUCGCACACGGCCAGCUCCCCGUCACUUCGGCGCCGCUCCCGCCUCUGCCGCGUUCCAGCUGGCUGCAUCGCCACCAAAAGAAGUUCCAGCGGCCGUACGUCAAGACGAGCAUGCAGGGCGAUGUAUAUAACUUCCUCGAGAGACCUGCUGGACUGAAAUGUUUCCUCUACCACUUCCUUGUCUUUCUCAUGGUCCUGGUGUGUCUCAUCUUCAGUGUUCUGUCCACAAUCGAGCAGUAUGCAGACUUUGCCACCGGGUCGCUAUUCUGGAUGGAAAUCGUGCUGGUGCUGUUCUUCGGCAGCGAGUACGUGGUGCGGCUGUGGUCCGCCGGCUGUCGCAGCAAAUAUGCCGGCGUCAGAGGACGCCUUCGCUUCAUCAGGAAGCCCAUUUCAAUCAUAGACAUGAUUGUGGUCAUCGCCUCCAUCAUUGUGCUCGCUGUGGGCUCCAACGGCCAGGUUUUCGCCACAUCGGCUAUCAGGGGCAUCCGCUUCCUGCAAAUCCUGCGCAUGCUACAUGUGGACAGACAGGGUGGAACGUGGAGACUCCUGGGGUCUGUGGUCUUCAUCCAUCGGCAGGAGCUGAUCACCACCUUGUAUAUCGGCUUCCUGGGCCUGAUCUUCUCAUCCUACUUUGUGUACCUGGCGGAGAAGGAUGCCGUGGACGAGGAGGGCAAGACUGGCUUCUCCAGCUAUGCUGAUGCCCUGUGGUGGGGCGUGGUGACUGUGACCACAAUAGGCUAUGGAGACAAGAUUCCUCAAACGUGGAUCGGCAAGGCCAUCGCCUCCUGUUUCAGCGUCUUUGCUAUCUCCUUCUUUGCUCUGCCGGCUGGUAUCCUGGGAUCAGGGUUCGCCCUGAAGGUCCAGCAGAAGCAGAGACAAAAGCACUUCAAUAGACAAAUCCCUGCCGCAGCCUCUCUCAUCCAGACGCUUUGGCGGUGCUAUGCGGCGGAGAAACCCAAGGGCUGUGCGGCGACGUGGAAAAUGUACUUCCUGACGCCCGUCACCACGGUGGAAUCGGACAACUCCAGCCCCACCAUCAGGAAGUUGAAUUUAUCGAAAAAGGGCCCCAAGAGGAGGCUGAAGUCUAUGCGAGGUAAUGGCUCCAUCGACGUGUCGUCGGAGAGGGCCGUGUCCAUCCCUCAAAUCACCUACGAUCACAUUAACGACUCCGUGGAGAAGAAUGACGUCUCCUUCUUCAUGGAAGAGCCGAGUGGCACCGUGGAAGGAAUAACCAGGAUGUUCCAGCAAACAGGGCCCCGUCAUCAUUCUUGGUCGUCUUUCACUCUGAGCUGCCCUUCCUCUCCAGUGAAGAGGAGGCACGGCGACAGCAUGUCCAUCGCCAUCACCCGCGCUAGCAGCCUUACUGACGAACUGGACUGCAUGUGUGAGGAUAUUCCUCUCACUGUGGUGAUGGACAACACUCAUCUUUUGACUUGCCCGUUCGUGGCUUCGGUCCAGGACUCUUUCUCGACACACCACUUGAAUUCCACAAGGUUGUCUCACGCCCAGAGGUCUGCAGUGAAAGUCUUGCGUCGCAUGCAGUACUUUGUUGCCCGCAAAAAGUUUCAGCAAGCCCGUAAGCCCUACGAUGUGCGAGAUGUGAUCGAGCAGUACUCGCAAGGCCAUCUCAACAUGAUGGUCCGCAUCAAGGAGCUGCAGAGAAGCGGCAACAUGUAAUUGUUUUGCACCCAGAAGAACUAUUUUGAAAAGGGGCAACAUUUUACAAUCUUCAUAAAAGACUUGUUCUAAAACCGACACAAGAUACAAGCACUAUGUUGUAAAACUACACAGAUGGAAGGACCUCUUCGCACCAAAAAAGAUGAGCAGUCCACGUGUGCACGUCAAACCUCUCAGGAAGAAUAGUGCUGGAAUUUUCCGUCCCAUUUUUAAGUGCAUAUUUGUUUUAUGAUACGAUAUAUGAAUGCUGAUAUCCAUAUGUUUCAUUUUAUUACCACUAUACGUAGACCAACAUGCAUGUGUGCCUGUGUGUGUGUGUAUUACUCAACUCAGUUAUUUUUGGCUUUUUCCUUCCCUCCCUCCUUGCUAGGCUGGACGGCACACUGGGAAAGCCCGGAAUGUUCCUCCCAGGUAAACACAUAGCAGUUUCCAUCUGAUAGACAGCCAUCACUCCUCACUUCCACUCUACGUUAAUAAACUUGCGCAUAAACACAAUAGAUAAUCAUUACCAGUCAGAUUUUUAUUUGGCUUCUUAUUACACUUGUGAGAUGAUUUAGAAUGUAAAAUAACUGCGACGUGGCUCAAUUUUGCAUGAACCCCAUUGAAAUGAACGGAAAUUACAAUAAUCUGUUCCAGACGGAACACCCUUUUAAAAAAUUCGAAAUUCAAACUCGCACUUUACAGUAUUUUAAUUUGUUAAAAUUAUAACUAGUAAUAAUUAACAUAUUGUAAAGAAUAAAGCAGUCUGUGCAUCAUGAUUUCAUGCUUUAAUUCAAUGUGCAGCUCCAUCUGGUCUGUGUGCCUUGACCACCAAGGGGCAGUAUAAUAUAUACAUUCGUAUAUACAAGAAGACUAAGUAAUAUGGUUUGGUUAAAUACAGAACGUGUAUUUCUCUUUGUGUUAUGCUUACUUUCACAGUAAACUUACUCUCACCCAAAGUCAGCUGGGAUAGGUUCCAGCUCACCUGUUACUCCAGUGGGGACAAACUCAUAUAAAAUCGAUGGAUGGAUGGACAGAUACUAACAGCAGUUGACUUAUCUUUUUAAAACCGUUAACAUAGGUUUGAUGCUUAGUGUUUAGGGCAAGGUUUGGAUCAUAUUAUUUUCAAGAAAUACACUUUAAAAUGCCAGUUUUCUACGCAAUCAGUGUGACGCUAUACUUAAUAAUCUGGCUGCACACUCUGAAAUGUACGCACAGCUCAAGUACACAUAAUCUUUUGAAUGUGUCAUAUCAAGUAAUUCAGAUGUUUUAUCGAGCAAUGUCACUGUUGUUCACGGCCCCUCAGUGGCUAUAGCCUGAACUCCCUCAGGCAAACUUUGGUUAUUGCGCUCACUGACUUGGGGGGGCUUUUUUUUUUCCUUUUCAUUUUUUGGGUGGGGGCCUUAAAUAUUUGCUUCUCCCGAUUGUGUGCCCCCUUUGGCCCUCUAGCAAAUGUUGGAGGAGUGUCCGUGUGGAAAUGACAUUUGCAUAGUGCUUUUACUCAACGCUAAAAGGUCCUAAAAGUGUGCGAAAUGCUCCCUACUCUGAAAUUUGGAAUUAAAACUUAAACGAGAGGAAAUGUUAGCGCAGCCAUUGUAAGGUUCCAACGACAAUAGUACCCGUUCGUCCUUCAAAGCAAAACGCCCCAUUACUGUCGAUUACAUUUGGAAUGAUUUGUUUUGGAGAAUUAGUGAAAAAUAUUCCCUUGACCAUAUUUGGACAGACCUUUUCCAACCGACAGUAGUGAUAUAGUGUAACACACUACCUUUUGAUGACAAUUGACAAGCUUAAGGCAACUAGCCUGAUGAUGGUUAGCGGGAGAAACUAACGUAGCAGCACACCAUUCAUAGAAGAUCCAUAUCAAAGUCCUUUGUUCACAAAAAAACGGUCAAUAGCAACUCCAGCUGAGCUAUCAAGGCCAAAGGAAAUGGAAUCAAAACAGGAAGUAGUCGCCUAAUAAAAGAAAACCGGUAACGGUUAUAUAGCCGUGGCCCAAUGGUUAAGAUCAUCGCCUGCCACCGUGGGGGACCUAGGUUCAUGACCCCGACUGGACCAUCCGCCAACAUCCCCUGGACUCACGGCUGUGGUGUCCUUGAGCAAGACACUGAUACCCCGAAAUGCUCCCCGGGUGCUUCAACUGCCCCCUGCUCCAGUGUGUUCCACUAACAUGUGUAUGUGUUCACUGUGAUGGGUUAAAUGCAGAGAACAAGUUUCGUGUGCAUGUAUGCAUGUUCAUGACAAUAAAAGAUGAUUCUUCUUCUUCU